CAGUUUGGUGAUGGCGUUGGGUCAUCCGGGUCAGAACGCGUCACCUGCGGGAUAGAGACUCCGUCGAGCAUCCUCAGAAGUGCGCUCAGACGAGGAGCUAACUUGUGACAUCGUUUGAAAUGUCACCGGACAGCUGAGAACUCAUUAUAGUGACAGGAUUUAACCAAGAGGAAGAAACUUCGGUUGCCAUGUCUCUCCUGUGCGUGAGAGUUAAGAAAGCCAAACUCCAAGGACCUCCGGAUAAAUUCAAUGCCUAUGUGACACUGAAAGUGCAAAAUGUGAAGAGUACCACCAUCACUGUGAGGGGAGACCAGCCGUGCUGGGAGCAGGACUUCAUGUUUGAGAUCAGCCGGCUGGACCUGGGCCUCAUUGUAGAGGUGUGGAACAAAGGUCUCAUCUGGGACACCAUGUUAGGAACGGCCUGGAUCCCACUCAAAAGCAUCUGCCAUUCAGAGGAGGAGGGCCCUGGUGAUUGGAUAUUUCUGGACUCUGAAGUUCUGAUGAAGGCAGAUGAGAUAUAUGGGACUAAAAAUCCAACUCCACAUCGGGUCCUGCUGGACACUCGCUUUGAACUGCCCUUCGAAAUCCCAGAGGAUGAGGCUCGAUACUGGACCGGCAAACUGGAACGCAUCAAUGCUAUGGGCGUUCAUGAUGAGUUUCCCUUACAGGAUGAAGUAGCGGGACGCCCCCUUCCCUGCGCUGCCUCUCAAUGCUCUUUGGAUGACCUGGACAGUGCAGUGGAUGAUAGAGACAGUGACUACAGGAGUGAGACGAGCAGUAGUUUACCUCCACGCUACCACACUACAGCCCAGCCCAACUCUUCACUUCACCAGUAUCCCAUGGGGCCACGCUUUCAGCAGCACAUGGAUUCCUGUGCUGACUCUUUGCACAGCUUUGAAUUUGACUAUAGAGAUCACCAUGCAAGCAGUCCUGUGGACUCCAGUCGUUUUGGAUCUUCAGGGAACCUCAGCCAAGCUAGUUCCCAGCUCAGUGAGACUGGUCAAGAGAGUGCUGCUUGUUCAGAGUUAGAGGAGUCCUACCAUUCCUACCAUAGUACCGGCUAUCAACCAUCCAGAAAUGGGCAUCACCCUACCAAUGAACAAACCUCCUGGGGGGAAGAUGAAGGAUUGAAAUCCUCCCAAGAAAAUGGAAAGGGUAUAAGCUGCACCAUAAGAAAGGAAGCGGUUUCUCAAGUGGACAAAAUGCCUAAUAAAACUCUCAAAGGCUUCAGGGACGAUGGAAUGCCUUUGCCAUUCUCUCCAUCCAGAUUGCGCUGGCUUAAGGCAAUCAACAAAGUGAGAGUUCAACUUAAGGAGGGCAAAGAAAAUGGAGAUAAUUCAAGACAUGCUUGGAUUAAAGCUGGAAAUGGGAGUGGAAUAUUUGGAAUUGACAGUAUGCCAGACCUUCGAAAGAAAAAAGCUAUCCCUCUGGUUAGCGAUGUGUCACUGGUCCAAGCCAGGAAGGCUGGCAUUGCAUCGGCGAUGGCCUCGCGCUCCUCCAUAAAAGAUGAGGAACUGAAGAACCAUGUGUAUAAGAAAACGCUGCAAGCUUUAAUCUACCCCAUUUCUUGUACAACACCUCACAACUUUGAGAUAUGGACAGCCACAACGCCAACCUACUGUUACGAGUGUGAGGGGCUUCUUUGGGGCAUUGCGCGGCAGGGCAUGCGCUGCACGGAGUGCGGGGUCAAAUGUCAUGAGAAGUGUCAGGAGCUGCUGAAUGCUGACUGCCUGCAGCGCGCGGCUGAAAAGAGCUCCAAACAUGGUGCCGAGGACCGCACUCAGAACAUCAUUAUGGCCAUGAAGGAUCGCAUGAAGAUCCGUGAGAGGAACAAGCCUGAGAUCUUUGAGGUCAUCCGAGAUGUGUUUGUGGUCAGCAAGGCUAUCCAUGCUCAGCAGAUGAAGACCAUCAAGCAGAGCGUCCUGGAUGGAACGUCCAAGUGGUCAGCCAAGAUCACCAUCACAGUUGUCUGUGCUCAAGGACUGCAAGCUAAAGAUAAGACUGGUUCCAGUGACCCCUACGUGACUGUCCAGGUGGGUAAAACCAAAAAGAGGACCAAGACGAUCUACGGCAACCUCAAUCCUGUCUGGGAGGAAAAGUAUCAUUUUGAAUGCCAUAACUCCUCUGAUCGCAUCAAAGUUCGUGUUUGGGAUGAAGAUGAUGACAUAAAGUCAAGAGUAAAGCAGCGUUUAAAGAGAGAAUCUGAUGAUUUCCUGGGCCAAAGCAUCAUUGAGGUUCGCACACUGAGCGGAGAAAUGGACGUCUGGUAUAACCUCGAGAAAAGAACGGACAAGUCUGCUGUUUCUGGUGCCAUCCGUCUUCAGAUCAGUGUGGAAAUUAAGGGUGAAGAGAAAGUGGCCCCCUACCAUAUCCAGUACACCUGUCUACAUGAGAACCUCUUUCAUCACAUCACAGAUGUCCUCGGUCAGGGUGUGGUGAAAAUCCCAGAAGCCCGUGGCGAUGAUGCCUGGAAAGUCUACUUUGAUGAUGUGCCACAAGAAAUAGUGGAUGAAUUUGCAAUGCGCUAUGGGAUUGAAUCCAUCUACCAGGCCAUGACGCACUUUGCAUGUCUCUCGUCUAAGUAUAUGUGUCCCGGGGUCCCUGCUGUGAUGAGCACCCUGCUGGCCAACAUCAACGCCUACUACGCCCACACCACUGCAUCCACCAAUGUCUCCGCUAGCGACAGAUUUGCUGCAUCCAACUUUGGGAAAGAAAAGUUUGUCAAGCUUUUGGAUCAGCUGCACAAUUCCCUGCGCAUCGACCUCUCAAUGUAUCGAAACAACUUCCCUGCAAGCAGUAAGGAGCGUUUACAGGACCUCAAAUCUACUGUGGACCUCCUGACCAGCAUCACCUUCUUCAGAAUGAAGGUCCAGGAACUGCAGAGUCCCCCGAGAGCCAGUCAGGUUGUGCGAGACUGUGUCAAAGCCUGCCUCAACUCCACCUAUGACUACAUCUUCAACAACUGUCAAGACCUGUACAGUCGCCAAUAUCCUCAGAUCGGAGACACGCAUAAGGAGGAGUGCACUCCAGAAGAUCAGGGCCCAAGCAUCAAGAACUUAGACUUCUGGCCCAAACUCAUUACUCUGAUAGUGUCCAUCAUUGAGGAGGACCGUAACUCCUAUACACCAGUCCUUAACCAGUUUCCUCAGGAGCUGAAUGUGGGAAAACUGAGUGCGGAGGUCAUGUGGAAUCAGUUCUCUCAGGACAUGAAGUACGCCAUGGAAGAACAUGAAAAACACCGGCUGUGUAAGAGCGCAGACUACAUGAACCUGCACUUCAAGGUCAAAUGGCUGUAUAACGAAUAUGUGAAGGAUCUGCCAGCUUUCAAGGGAGUUGUUCCCGAAUACCCCACGUGGUUCCAGCAGUUUGUGCUGCAGUGGCUGGAUGAGAACGAGGAUGUGUCCAUGGAGUUCAUGCAUGGAGCCCUGGAGAGAGAUAAAAAAGACGGAUUCCAGCAGACGUCAGAGCAUGCUCUCUUCUCCUGUUCGGUGGUGGACGUCUUCACCCAGCUCAACCAGAGCUUUGAGAUCAUCAAGAAACUGGAGUGUCCCGACCCCAAAGUCUUGGCCCUCUACAGCCGCCGGUUCGCCAAGACCAUUGACAAAGUUCUGCUACAGUACAGUGCCAUUUUGAAGAAGAGCUUCCCGUCCUAUUGUGAUAAGGAGAAGAUUCCAUGCGUCUUGAUGAAUAAUGUCCAGCAGCUGCGUGUCCAGCUUGAGAAGAUGUUUGAGUCUAUGGGUGCCAAACAGCUGGAAGAGAGUGAGGAUGAGGAGGAAGAGUUACAGGAGGUGGCGGUCAGCAGGAACCAGUUGGACACAGAGGCCAGUGACCUCCUGAACGAUCUCCAGGUCAAGCUGAACAACGUCUUGGAUGAGCUGAGCAGCACCUUUGGAAACACUUUCCAGAGCCGCAUUGAUGACUGCAUGCGUCAGAUGGCCAGCCUGCUGUACCAGAUCAAGGGUCCCGUGAACGCCAACACACGCAACCAGGUGGAGGCCGACUCUGACAACAUGCUGCGGCCACUGAUGGACUUCCUGGAUGCACAUCUGAUGCUGUUUGCCUCGGUGUGUGAGAAAACCGUGCUGAAGCGAGUGCUGAAGGAGCUGUGGAGAAUUGUGAUGAACAGUCUUGAGAAGACCAUCAUCCUUCCCCAGGGCAAUGACACCUUUGGAAUGAUCUUUUCAGCAGCUAAAGAACUGGGUCAGCUCUCCAAACUCAAGGAUCACAUGUCUGGUGAAGCUAAAAGCUUGACGCCCAAGCAGUGUGCGGUCAUGGAUGUGGCCCUUGAUACCAUAAAGCAAUACUUCCACGCUGGAGGAAAUGGUCUGAAGAAGGCCUUUCUGGAGAAGAGUCCUGAGCUGUCCUCGCUGAGACAUGCACUGUCCCUCUAUACGCAGACCACCGACACACUUAUCAAGACGUUUGUCACUACUCAGCAUGCUCAAGUGCAUAAUGGGAAGGGUAUGAGGAUAACAUCUAGUGAGAAAAUACAGCCGUCUAGGGGCUCGGGAGUUGAUAAACCAGUAGGGGAAGUGUCCAUACAGAUCGACCUCUUCACUCACCCGGGCACAGGAGAGCAUAAAGUUACAGUUAAAGUUGUGGCUGCUAAUGAUCUGAAGUGGCAGACGUCUGGGAUGUUCCGGCCAUUUGUGGAGGUCACCAUGAUCGGCCCUCAUCUCAGCGACAAGAAGCGCAAGUUCACCACCAAAUCAAAGAACAACAGCUGGGCGCCCAAAUUCAACGAGACCUUCCAUUUUAUUCUUGGGAACGAGGAUGGGCCGGAGUGUUAUGAGCUGCAGGUGUGUGUGAAGGACUACUGCUUCGGCCGUGCGGACCGUGUGGUGGGCAUCGCCGUCAUACAGCUGCGUGAUGUCGCACCGAGGGCCAGCUGUGCCUGCUGGUGUCCACUGGGCGCACGGAUACACAUCGAUGACACGGGCCUCACCGUCAUGCGCAUCCUCUCCCAGCGCUCGGGCGAUGAGGUGGCCAAAGAGUUUGUGAAACUCAAGUCUGAGACACGCUCGGCCGAGGAGGGGAGGUGAGGACGUUCCUACAGCAGAAGACAAUCUCAGACUAGACAAGGAUUGGCUGGAUGUCAACACUGUCACCUUUUUUGUGUCCACACCAAUGUUUUUGCUGCCCACUGACACCCACAGAGAAGGCCAUGUGACAUGUUUUAUAUGUGUUAGUUUUAGCAAUGGAUGAGGCGGUGUGGGGUCAACUAGAAGAAAAGACUGAAAACAAUAUUUUUUCUUCGUAUAUUGAUAUACGUCCAGCCACACAUCCAGCCACUAACACACUGGCAAAAGACUAGUUAGGGUAGAUACCAGUAGUGAGGGAUAGACAAACAGUCCUAAGUUGUAUCGUGCCAAAAUUUAGUCUAAUUUCGUUUGUUGUCCAUUGGAUAUUUUUUUCGAUUAUUCAUAUGGGUGAAUCUCAUGAAAACAUUUAGCUCAAAAAUUAAAUGUACAAUUAAAUUAAUAUACAAUAUAAUUAAAUAUUACAAGAAAUAUAAUUCAAAGAAGAAAUUAUUACAUUAAAUUAAUAAAAUAAGAAUUUCAAUAUUACAUUUAUAAUAUAUAUAUAUUUUUUUUUAUUGUACUUUUGGAAUUAUUUUCUUGACUAAGUUAAUUUCCUUCUGAAACUCUCGUAUUUAUUUAUUAAUUGUUUUACUUAUAAUUGCAAUGGUGAUUUUUUUUUUUUUAAGCAAGUAAAUAAAAUAAAAUGUAAUUGCUUUUAUAUGAAAGGACUGUGCUUUUAUAUGAAUAUGACACUUUGAUAAAUAAAAAAAUAGAAAUAAAUAAUAUCAUAAAAAUAAUAUAAAUCAAAUAAAUGUAUUUUACAAUGGAAAUAAUCUUAAAUUAUUAAAAAUAGAGUAAAUAGACUUUUUUAUUUUGGAGAUCAACUUUGACCCAGACAUUUUUUUAUGAAAUGCAUCCAUUUUCAGUGUUGUGAUAAAUUGUAAUCAUUGCAAAAAGUAAAACCAGACAUGUCUAUCCCUCACAAAAAUGUUUUCAAGAAAAAAAUGGUGUCAAUUCCUGACUUCAGGUCCUUUGACAUCCAACCAGUAGAUGGCGCUGUGAGUGUACUGGCUCAUUAUUUUGAUAGAAUAGAAAUUCCACAUCCAUUCGUGCACACUUUCUCUGUAAACACCUCUUUUGUAAUGUGUUUAUUGCCUUAUUUUGUUGAUGCUGUGAAUGUGUCAAGUUGAAAUGUAAUGAUUAUGAUUGUUAUGAACAUUGCGGAUCUAGAGGCAGUGUUUGUAUGCUAUGGGCCAGAUCUCAUUCACUUAGUGUUGUGGAGUGAUUUUAAUAUAGAGAGAUGUUAAAUACAUUUCCCUCCGUUUCCGAGUCGGCGCUCAACGUGAUACAUCCGUCAGCCGAAAGUGUGCCUUUCUUACAGGCUUUGUGACCGCUCAGAUGAUGCAUGACCUGUUUGCACCUCAGCCCACUGAUCUUCUGCCUCUUAUGGUCACCAUUCAAUUCAAAAGCGAGCGGUACUUCGGCCAUCCUCUUUGACCAGUAGGUGGCAGCAAUAAUCUCGAGUUCACAUUAACACCCACACCAAAAGACAAUGCAGCAUCAUCAGACAGUAUUGAAGCUAAAAUGUGUGAAUGCUUUAAUGGAGUGUUGUGUAAUAUUUUUCAAUACUUAAUGUCGUGGAAAGAAAGCGCUGAAAAAUCAGCAUCAGCUGGGGGGAGAAAAUACAAACGUAAACAAAUAUCAGAUCAAGCUUAAAUGUGAUCACUGAUCAAUAAUAGAUAAGUCGAUUUUUAAACAUUUUUUUUCCAAAGCGGCCUUAUUUGUUCUAAUAUUUUCUGUUUAAAAGAUUUUAACUUCAUUUUUUUUCCUUUUAGGUAAAAAAUUAGUCUUUUUUUCUGUGAGGUCUUGUUGUUAUUCCGUUUCUUUAUUUUGAAAGACUGACUGAUUUAUUUUUUUUAGUUGUUCAUUUUGAAGAAUUGCAUACUGUUGUGCUUUGUUUUCCCAGAAACUACUGCAAAAGAAAAAAAGGAAAACUACAGUAACACUAGAUUUGUCCCCUCAUUUGUCAAUCCAAAUUUCAAUGUAUAAAUAUUGUAUUUUUCACAAAACACUGCCGAUAUGUAAAUGUAUGUUGAUAUUGCCAAUCGUUAUUGUGACUGUUGAACCUGUUAUUUAUUUUCACUUCUAACUCUGUGUCACUUUAUAUACUGUUACCGUUGUUUAGGCCAGCAGUGUUUGGACUGUAUUUUAGGAGGGAAAGGUCGCUCUUUGUAAUGUACACGUUCCUCGUGCCAACUUGUGGAAGUUCUCACUUUAUUUUGAAACAAUUCUGACAAUUAAUACUGGCAUGUACGGGACUUUACUCAGUUUUACGGAGUUUACUCACAUUUUUGAAGUUAUAUUGGUAUUGUACACGGUCACUGACAAGGAAAAAUGUGUUAUUAAAAUGUAUGUGUGCACACUCCAACAAAUAAAUUUAUACAUAAAGUAACUUAAACUAA